AUGAGCUGCCACUCGCCGGCGUCUCCGACUUCCGCGGCCGCCCUGUCUACCGCAACACCUCCGGCGUAUGGCGCUCCGUCUACUUCGUCGUCGGUACUUUCAUUUAAUCUGCCAUGGAUUCGAUCGGCCGGCGAAUUUUGUGCAGUGGUGGAGAUCGCCGGGACUUUUGCCUACUACGGCGUGUCAGCAAACCUGAUCACGUACAUGACCGGACCACUGGACCAUUCCAACGCCGCCGCGGCCGCCGCCGUGAACGUCUGGUCGGGGAUUACUCGCCUCAUGCCGCUGCUGGGCGCCUUCCUCGCUGACUCUUGGCUGGGGCGCUACAGAUCCAUCAUACUUGGCAGCACCUUCCACGUUCUGGGUUACGGCAUGAUCACUCUAGCAUCCAUGCUCCCGGUGCUACGACCAUCACCAUCCAUCAGCGACGACUUCUCUUCCCGCCCAUCAACGAUGCAGGUGGCCUUCUUCUAUGCCUCUCUCUGCCUCAUUUCCAUCGGGUAUGGCGCAGACAAACCCUGCGGCGCGGCCUUCGCUGCCGACCAGUUCGACCCCGAUCACCCCAGAGAGGGCGCGGCUCGCAGCUCCUUCUUCAAUUGGUGGUACUUCUCAUCGGUGGUUGGUAUCGCCAUCUCUAUCGCCGUGGUCAGCUACAUCGAGGAGAACCUUGGCUGGGGAAUUGGAUUCGGCAUGCUCUGCGCCAUUGUGCUCUGCUCCUUUGUUGUGUUCCUCCUCGGCAGCCCCACCUACCGCCUUUACGCGCCCACCCGAGGCACCCAGAGCGCCGUCACCCGGCUGGCUCAUAACCUUGCUGCGCUUACCAAGAAUUCAGGCUUCCCGUUCAUUGCAAAAACAAACCAGCAACAUGAAGACGAAGAUACAUUGGUGAAGUUAGAGGAAGCGCGAAGCGUGCUCCGUCUCCUGCCUAUCUGGGUGGCGUGCCUAGCAUAUGGUGUGGUGUUCGCGCAGGUCCUGACGUUCUUCAACAAACAGGGCCGCACCCUAGACCGACGCAUCUUUGGCGGUUUGGAGCUGCCGCCAGCAGCGUUACAGACGUUGGGGCCGGCCAGCAUCCUAGUGUUCGUGCCCAUCUAUGACCGUGUGCUGGUGCCGGCGCUGCGUUGUGCCACGGGCAAACAGUCAGGGCUGUCGCAGCUGCAGCGCGUGGGCACGGGCAUGGUAGUGUCGCUGGCCACAGCGUGCGUGGCCGCGCUGGUGGAGAGCCGGCGGUUGGAGACGGCGCGGGAGCACGGACUGGUCGAUGACGAAGGAGCAACGGUGCCGAUGAGCUGGGCAUGGCUGGUUCCACAGUAUGUGAUGAUUGGGGUAGCAGAUGUAUUCACGAUGGCCGGGAUGCAGGAGUUCUUCUACGACCAGAUGCCCGACGAGCUCCGCAGCGUCGGUUUGGCGCUCUACUUCAGCGUGACGGGCAUCGGCAGCCUCAUCAGCGGCGCGCUCAUCUCCCUCAUUGAUGGCAUCACCAGCAGAGACGGCGGCGAUAGUUGGUUUGCGGACAACCUCAAUCGCGCCCACCUCGACUACUUCUACUGGCUGCUUGCAGUCCUAAGCGCCGCCGAGCUCGCGCUCUUUAUCUGCAUCGCCAGCACCUACGUCUACAAGCACAAGAGGGCUUCCUUGAUUGUGAGAAUCUAAUUAACGGGCAGUUCAUGUGCAGCAGUGUUGUUGUUUUCUGCAUCAUUUCUGAUGAUGGUCUGUAAAUAAUUUCCACUCCAUA